AUAACCCUAUAUUUAUAUUUACACAAUUUGCAAAGCCAGCGCGAUCUGUUUCGAUCAUUGAACCCUAAACUCCACCGGUUCCUCUGCCAUUCCCACUGAUUUCUUGGAUACUGUUUGUUUCAUCAGUUUGAUACCGGACAAAAAUGACUUACGCAUCUCGUAUCAUCCACCACUCCAAAAAGUUACGGAAUGCUCCCAACUUACUACGGCAAGAGCAAGCACUCUUGGUUCGUUGGUUUUCACAUGAUGUUCAACCCUCUAGUGAUAUAUUGAAGGUUCAUCGCCACAGUUAUGUGCCUUCAGAAAGAGCAAGUGUUUCUAGGUCUUUCAGCAGUAGCACUAAAUCAGUGUCAGGUACAUAUACCAGGGAUAUCCCAAUGACAAGGAAACUAGGAAGUUCAAUUUCUGGAUUGGUAUUCAACAAACAGCUUUCAUGUAUUCAGGCGCAGUUGAGCAGAGGCUUGUCAUCUGAUGCAGGCCUCCCUCCACACCAAGAAAUUGGGAUGCCUUCUCUUUCACCCACUAUGUCUGAGGGUAAUAUUGCUAGGUGGCUGAAGAAAGAGGGUGAUAAAGUUUCUCCUGGUGAAGUUCUCUGUGAAGUUGAAACUGAUAAAGCUACAGUGGAGAUGGAAUGCAUGGAAGAUGGUUAUCUUGCCAAGAUUCUACGACCAGAUGGCACCCAAGGGAUCAAAGUUGGAGAGGUGAUUGCAAUAACUGUUGAAGAGGAGGAUGAUAUUGCAAAAUUUAAAGAUUAUACACCAUCGGCAUCUGGUGCCGGUGCUCCUGCAGCUAAAGAGGCUUCUGAGCCUACCCCACCCAAAAAAGAGGUGGUUGCAGAACCAGUUCCAGAGCCAAAGGUUUCAAAGCCCAGUGCAGCUCCUGCUGCUACCCCUUCUGGAGAUCGCAUAUUUGCAAGUCCUUUGGCAAGAAGUUUGGCUGAAGAGCACAAGGUUCCCCUCUCAAGUAUCAAAGGAACAGGUCCUGAUGGAAGCAUUGUGAAGGCUGAUGUUGAAGAGUAUUUGGCUUCUCAUGGGAAGGAAGCUCCUAAAGCUAAGGGUGCAGCACCUGCAGCAUUAGAUUAUACCGAUAUCCCCCAUUCUCAGAUACGGAAGAUCACAGCUUCAAGAUUAUUAUUCUCAAAGCAAACAAUUCCUCAUUAUUAUUUGAUGGUAGAUACAUGCGUCGAUAGACUCAUGGAUUUGAGAGGCCAACUCAAUGCGUUACAAGAGGCAUCAGGUGGGAAGCGGAUAUCUGUUAAUGAUCUCGUAAUUAAGGCUGCUGCUUUGGCUCUUCAAAAGGUUCCUCAAUGCAAUAGUUCAUGGACAGAUGACUACAUCCGCCAGUUUCACAACGUGAACAUUAAUGUUGCUGUGCAGACAGAAAAUGGACUGUUUGUACCCGUCAUUAGGGACGCGAACAAGAAGGGACUAUCCAGCAUAGCCGAGGAGGUCAGGCAGCUGGCCCAAAAAGCCAAAGAAAACAGCUUAAAGCCAGAAGAUUACGAGGGAGGCACAUUUACGGUGACAAAUUUGGGAGGUCCAUUCGGCAUCAAACAAUUUUGUGCCAUUAUUAACCCUCCUCAAUCAGGCAUUCUUGCAGUUGGAUCAGCCGAGAAGAGGGUUGUACCUAGUUCCGGGCCCGAACUAUACAAGUUUGCUUCCUACAUGUCGGUAACGCUAAGCUGUGAUCAUCGUGUUAUCGAUGGUGCAAUUGGUGCGGAAUGGCUAAGGGCAUUCAAAGGCUACGUUGAGAAUCCUGAGUCAAUGUUACUCUAAGCAGACGGUUUUCGAUCUUGGCCUCAAAUAAUUUUGUUUUCUUUCCCCUGUGUGAUUUGUCAAGACAAGGGGCUUGAAUGAUAAUACCCCAGCUGUUCUUCCCAAUCAUCGACUCGGGCUUUUGGCAUAGCUUUUGAAAUAAAAGGGGUUGAUAAUUUCAGGCAUCGGAUUUCGGAUGAAAUUUUUCCCGUUGAGUGUAUGUAACUAAUAAGAAGUUUGACUCUAACCCCUAAAUCUUGUUUUUUCUCAGACUAUUGUCAAUAUUUGCAAGUUUUAGGUGUGGUUUUGUUCUUA